AUGAAUUCUACACUCCUUUUCGACAGUCUGACCGAUAAAGCCCGCAAGAUCUUCGAUUUUGCUAACGCAAUUGGUCGUAGUAACCAAUAUGGACCAGUUGUCCGUGCUGGCCUCAUGGUUUCGGCUGCUGCGUUGUCUGUUCGCGCUGUGAACAGAUUCUUGAACGACAGAGCCCUAAAUCAUGGAACGAAGGCCUCUUUCGACUGGUCUCAAGAGAUCGUCAUCGUCACUGGCGGAUCGGGGGGCAUCGGAGGCGAAACAGUCAAGCGUCUCGCUGCCGCAGGAACGACAGUAGUCGUUCUGGAUAUCCUCCCUCUCUCUUUCCAAAAACCAAGUAACGUUCACUACUACAAGUGUGACCUAACGAGUUUUGAAGAGCUUAAAGCUGUGGCUGCAAAACUUCGAAUUGAAGUUGGUGAGCCAACUAUAAUCGUCGCCAAUGCUGGUAUAUGCCGUGGGAAGCCAAUUCUUAAUGCUGAGGAAAGGGAUAUUGAACUUACCUUUGGCGUGAAUACAUUGGGUCUUCUUUGGACAGCCAAGACCUUCCUCCCGUCUCUCGCCUCGCACAACCAUGGCCACUUCCUGAUAGUAGCUUCGCAAACCAGCUACUUGGCCACAGCUGGCGCGACCGACUACUGUGCCAGUAAGGCAGCAGCAUUGGCCAUUUACGAGGGAUUGCAUUCUGAAGUCAAGCAUGUGUAUAAGUCACCUGCUGUUCGGGUGUCGUGCGUUUGCCCAAGUCAUGUUCAGACUGCCAUGUUCACUGGAAUCAAGAAUGUACCGGGCAUGGCAAGUAUCACGCCUCAGACUUUGGCAGCGACGAUUGAAAGCAUUCUUAAGAGCGGCCGGGCCCACAACCUCACCGUACCCAGCUCUGUAGGAAUCUCCACCUUGAUCAGGGCACUUCCUGAUUGGAUACGAGUGUUGGUCCAGGAUCUUUCUGCAACCGCUUUUAGCAGCUUGAAACCGCGUGAUGAAGUUGCGCAAAGGUCCAAGUCUAGCGGUAUGUAG